CUCACCAUCGCGUCGCAGUCGUGCGUUACUACUUGCCGCUCACUCGGAAAAGUCAAGCGUCGCGCGACUUCCUUCGCCUAGAAUAAACGCAAUGAUGCAUCUAGUGUUUUUUUUCCUGAAUGCUCCUAGUGAGACUCCACUGCAUGUGUGAUGGUCCUUUUCAAAGCACCGCUCGGCUCUCACUCGCCAUCGUGUCGCAAUCAUGUCGCGUGGGGUUCUACUCGCAUUAUAGGGUUUCCGGGAACCAAUUAAACGCGAAGCUCUGAGCUUUUUCGGAGGAACGACCAGAAUGGCUAAAUCGGAUUCGACGCCAAGGCCAUUCCGUAUGCUGCGCUCGCCAUCUGAUUGGGUGGAUCGCGAUUAUACGAGGUGCGCCUCGGAGCUUUCUGAGUCCGAGCCCGGUUUUUUCGCGUUCGGCAUCUUCGCGGAAUCCGACCCGCCCGUCACUCCCGCGCCACCAGCAGCCUUCAAGGAGCUAUCCGGAUAGACGCGCCGAAUAGACUCCAGUCAAAGUUGACGGCGCGCCUAUCCGGUGGGGGAAAGGUGCGACAUUCACGAGCUCCCAACGUGACUAUAAACAUCAUACUCCGAAUGAGGGUGGUUCUACUCCGAGUAGAUACUCAUCCAGCGGUACUAAUCCGCCUUCCACUCUUCCAUAGUUCCAGCAACCACCCCCGCGCGCUUCCUCUUGCCAUCCGAGCUUGCGGAUCUUUUCAUCAAUCCGAGCUUCCGAGAGCCAUGGCAUUCACUCCGACUAGCCGCGUCUUACUCUUAGCGCUCUUCGCGGCGCUGGUGGCGGUCGCCUAUUCCCAGGAACUUGAUACCUUCACUGCUAAGCUGAAUGGAGCUAACGAGGUGUAUAAGAAUGACGAUGAAAAUUUUAAGCUAAUUGUGGGCAACAAAAGUGGCAAGGUGGUCGUGAAACUGGAAAUCCACAAGGAAAGAGGGCAUGAGAGCGGCAGGGCUAAGAUGAUGACAGGCUCGAAAGGAGCGUGCAUGAUGCAAGGGGCCGCGAAAGUGGCUCUGAGAGGGGUGCAGUUAGGAGGCUGGUCAGAGGCCCUGAUAGGAAUGCUGAUAGGGGCGAGGAGAGAGGAGCUAAAGCCCGACCGGUAGGUUGCAGAUUUUCACUGUUGAGGUAGGUGGGGCGGCAGAAUGUGAUUGGCUGACGAGAAAUUGGAGAGGCGAAAUACUGUUUCAGAAAAUGGCCUCUCGCCUAAUUUUCAGCUUGAGCUUGGCAAGAGCGCCAAAUUUCGUGCCUCUCUUUUGGCAGGGGGCCACCUAGGCAGCAGCGCCAAUUUUCCACUCCCCCAUUUUGGUUUUUUUUCCAACAUGCGAACAACCGUGUUUGGCCCUCGUCAUAUUUUGUGCAAGAUUGCGCAAAUUUCACAGGGCAUUGUGGUUUUCCAAUUUGUGGCUAUCGCUCUGCCAAGUUUGUCUCGGCAGCAGCUGUGUCAAAUUAGCCCCCCUUUCCCUGUCAUUCUGGGCUUAACCCAAGGGCCGCGCACCCCAAUAUUCAUCAACUCGCAAUCAGCCCCCAUCCCCAUUGCAUUUGCGUUUGCAUUAGCUCA